AUGGUCAGGUCACGACCGAGUAUGCCAACUUGGUGCCGAUUCGUUCCUCAAGACGAUGCAAUUGCCAAAGGCAAAGUCAAGCAAUCCGUCACACUCGCAGGCGGCGUUGAGUCAAUAAACGUCAUCCCGGACGAGCCCCGCGGCGCCGUCGCCUUCGCCGCCCAGCCCGUUUUGCAUGACGCGGUCCGCUCCAGGGCCGCCGACGAGACGACCGGCGAGGGCAUACAGGGCGAGCCUCAGCUGUUUCGCAAAGAUCUGUGGUUCCGGGGGCACCGCCGGCUCGCCGUACUGCCCUCGGUCAACCUGUAG